AUGGACAAAUCAACCGCCACGCCAAUGAGCGACUCACUUGUCCACCGAGGAUCGUGGGGCUCUGUCUCCUCUACCUUUUCCAAUCUCGAAAUGUCUUUCUCCCACGACAGUUGCUAUGGCUCGGACGAAGUCUCAGUCACAUCGAAUGCUGGCCCCCCAGCACAGUCAAGUGCUUCGACCUCCACAACCAAGACGUGUUUACGUCCUUUCUUGAAAUCAAUCCUCAAAAAUUCAACCAGCAGUCUUGAAUCUGACGAUGAAACCGAUUCGGAAUCAGGUUACAGCUCGGAUGGGAUCGACUCUGAUUAUGAUGCUCUUUCCGAUGAUUCCGAUGAAGAGGACGAUGAUAUGUCCGAUUUCUCGGUCUGGGAUGGCGAUGAGACGAUUGGGGAUGUCCCAGAGUCGCAUGAGGAUCACACAGGUUCCUUCGACGAUGCCUUCAUCUCCUUUGAGGAGAACUCGGUUCGCUUUGAUCCGAAUGUGCAGUACAUCGACAGUGCGGAAGUAUCGGAUGAAGAAAGUCCUGAUCACCAGAUGACUUGUCAUGAAAUGAUGAUGCUUGCUCGGGACUCCAACGGGACCCAGACUCUUCUGGAUCAACUCGACCAAAUGGACCUCGACGACUUCGAUCAAAAUGAAGACUCUCACCAUGAGUUCGUUCGCAAAUCCACUAGUCAACCGGAGGAGUUUUCUCGUGAUGCUGUGGACCUGGAUCGCAGUCUCUUCGUUGCUUACAUGAAUGGAAUGCACGGAAUAGCCACUCCGAAGUACCAAACGUACCUUCGGGUACAGGUCGACCACAUUCGCUUGGGCAAGGACACUGAUUUUGUGGAUCCAGAGGGUGCACCUUCAUUGUAUCUCGACUUGGUCUCCAACCAUGUCAUUGGCACCUUCUGCAAUCUCCUUGCUGAAGAUGAGCUGAACGAGUUAAUCACACUCUGCGCCGAAGAGCAAGCUGGCAACCCUAAAAAUCCAAGCUCGUCAAGCUUGGAUUUGGAUCACCACCAAGCACUCCUGAAUAAGAUCGAGCAAUUCCUGCUGGACAGAUUGGCGAAUGGUCGCGUCAACAUUGAUCCUGAUGAGCUUAGCUUCUUCGCUGGUGGCAUUGCACACGAUCUCGGCACCAAAGCUUUGCCUGCACGGAUCUAA